CUGAAGUUUCACAAUUUAUAAUAAUGUAUUGAACAAUGAACUAUCAAGUAAAAAAUUAAAUUGUUAUAUUUUCAAGCUGAUUGACUUUACCCAAUAAACUUAUGUAAUUCCAAAAAAAAAAAAAAAACAAAAAAGUUUUUCAGUAAUAUUAAUUUUGAUUCAUGCUCAUUGAGCGUGUCAUAUUUAAUAAGGAUAAGACAAUGCACAUUCCACAUAUUUUGUUAUUUAUAUCUGUUUGCAGACUGGCAUUGGCUGAAUUUGAGGAAAAUGUACACAUUGACGAUAGUAAAUUUGGACCGUUGGAACAACCAGAUUCUCCAAAAAAUGUUUCAAUUGCACCGCAAGUAACAGACUUUACUGAUAUCCUAGCAAUAAGUAAUGCCAUUAAAAGCUUUCAGAAAAAAAUGGAAGAAGAACAUAAUUACUUGCCAACUAUGCAAGCAUAUUUAACUACAAGUACUGCUAGUAAUGGUGGGAAAGAAUUUAAAUUAAGUACAUUUUUAUCGUCAGUUCUAUAUGCUGAAAUUGUCACUGACAAUACAAAUACUAGUCAACCAUCCAUUAAUGAACCAUUGGCUAAUGUUACUGCUGCUAACAAUUCAAGAAUUGUAAAUUGUACUACACUUACACAUUUAAAUCAAACAGAAAUUUCAGUUGAGGUUGUUAAUUCAUCACGACUUGGAUAUGUCUUAAAAUAUGAUCCUGAAGUAACUAAUCGCCGUGAAUCUGGUGUCUGUUCAUUAGUGUUAUUUUAUGCUAGAUCAUGUCAAUUCAGCACUUUAGCUGCACCUCACUUCAAUGUACUUCCAAGAAUAUUUCCUCAAAUUAAAAUGGUAGCUUUUAAUGCUAUAUCUGAACAAAGAUUUAAUACAAUGUAUGGUAUAACUGGAGUCCCAUCAUUAGUUCUUUUUCAUAAUGGAAAACCUAUUGCCAAAUACAAUGGUUCUGAUUAUUCACUUUAUGAAUUUACUAAGUUUGUUAUUAGACAUACAGGGUUUGUAAUUAUAUUCUGGACUCUAGUUUAUGUUAGGACUAUGCAUUUCUGGAGAAAAUUUGUUGAAGACAUAAAAAACAUAUGGCGUGAAGCUGAAGCACAGCAUGAACAUGCAGAUUAAAUUAAUGUAAAUAUUUUGUAUACAGUGUUAUUAUUUUAUUAUUUUUUAAAUUUUUCUUGCUGUKUUUAUGUUUUAGAGCAAUAAUAAUGCAUAU